GAGCGGCCCCGCCGGAAGCGGAAGCGGCGGCGGCGGAGGCGAGCGGAGUUUCCCCGGCGGCGCUGAGGCGGCGGGGCCGGGCGCGGAGCCAUGGGGGACGACAUGAACGUGAUCCCCGAGCGGGAGAUGAAGGAUUUUCAGUUCAGAGCGCUGAAGAAGGUCCGCAUCUUUGAUGCUCCUGACGAUCUCCCCAAAGAGCGCUCCAGCCUCCUCGCGGUGUCUAACAAGUACGGGCUGGUCUUUGCUGGAGGAGGAACCAGCCUGCAGAUCUUCCAGACCAGAAAUCUUCUCAUGCAAAAUCAGCUGGGAGAAGAUCCCAAUAAAAUCGUGGAGAAUGUCCAGAGUACCUUAGUUCCCAUGAAGUUUCCUGUGCAGCACUUGGCUCUAAGCUGUGAUAAUCUCACGCUGUCUGUCUGUAUGAUGUCCAGUGACAUUGGUUCCUUCAUCGGCUUUUUUGACGUCCGCACAUUCUUUAAUCAGGCGAAACAGCAGAAACGCCCCUUUGCGUAUCACAAACUGGCCAAGGACUCGGGAAGCGCAGCGAUGGUCAAUGACCUGAAGUGGAACCCUGCUAGUCCCACCAUGGUGGCCAUCUGCCUGUCGGAUGGCAGCAUCUCCGUCCUGCAGGUCACGGACUCGGUGAAAGUGUACGCCACGCUGCCGUCCUCUGUGGCUGUUACGUCUGUGUGUUGGAGCCCGAAGGGAAAACAACUGGCUGUAGGGAGGCAAAAUGGCACUGUGGUGCAGUAUCUGCCUAAUCUACAGGAGAAGAAAGUAAUCCCUUGUCCUCCCUUUUAUGAACCAGAAAAUCCUGUUAAAGUUCUGGAUGUCCUGUGGAUUGGCACGUAUGUCUUUACUAUUGUGUAUGCAGCUGAGGAUGGGACGCUGGAAACACCUCCAGACGUGGUCAUAGCCAUAUUGCCUAAAAAGGAAGAGAAGAGGCCAGAGAAGUUUGUGAAUUUCAUGGAGCCUUGCUACGGGAGCUGCACGGAGAGACAGCAUCAUUACUUCCUCAACUAUGUUGAGGAAUGGGAUUUAGUUCUGGCAGCUUCAGCAGCUUCCACAGAAGUCAGCAUCCUAGCAAGGCAAGGAGAUCAGAACUGGGAGUCGUGGGUUUUGGAGGACUCCAGCAGAGCAGAACUUCCCGUGACAGAUAAGAGCGAUGAUACUUUGCCUGUUGGUGUUGCUGUGGACUACACCAGUAACAUGCCCAUCCCAAUCAGUGAUGAGAAGACCCUUCCUCCAGCACCCGUUCUGAUCUUGCUCUCCACGGAUGGUGUACUCUGCCCAUUUUACAUGAUCAAUCAAAACCCAGGGGUCAGAUCCCUUAUUGUGACCCCAGAGCCAUUGCUGACAGCAGGGGAGAGAGCGCCAAAAUCAACAGGAAGUGCUGCCGCAUCUCCGACCACUCCGCCAACUUCUUUAAAGCCUGACACGGUUCCAGGUGUUGCUCCUACUGCCCCUGCCUCAAGUCUGCCUCCAGCAGGAGGUGGAGCAGCUGCUUUUUCCUUUAUACCUUCAACCGUGAAGACACCUGGCACUACAACCAGCGAUCCUCCUCCUUACCCCUUUUCCACUGACACCUCCAAGCAAGCCGUGGCUCCCAGUCCAGGAGCAGGAACGUUCUCUUUCUCCUCUGCUUCUCCCAAGUCAUCCGUAACAGCUGCUCCUUCUGUAGGCACCACUGCGGCUACUGCCACCACCUUCUCUUUUGGAUCCGUGAGCUUGAAACCAGCUGCAGACAGCUCACCUGGGCCACCACCCUCCACAACACCCCUUGCACAGAAGUCGUCUUUCACGCCUUCAGCUUCUUCAGUCAAAGUGAACCUCAAUGAGAAGUUCUCUGCUGUAGACACCUCAUCUCCCACUAGCAGCGGUGGUCAUGCCAGUUCCACAAUGUUUUCAUUUUCAACCAGUUUAAAAACUGCUUCUGGAGGUCCUCUGAGUCAGUCCACGCCACCCUCUGCCUCUCCUACCACACCACUGAAGGCUUCAACCCCUGCACCUGCCACAGUGGCACGUCCUGCUCAAAAUAUGCCUACAGGUUCUUUACUACAGAAGACAGCCAAAAUCAACUCUUCAGCAGCAAAGCCAAGCUCUACUCCGGGCAAAUCAGCAGUCCCCAGCGCUGCUUUAGAGAAACAGGUCCACCAGUGGAAGGAUUCAGACCCUGUCAUAGCCGGAAUCAGAGAGGAGAUUGCACAUUUCCAAAAGGAGAUGGAGGAGCUGAAGGCCCAGACUUCCAAAGCCUGUUUCCAAGUGGGUACUCCAGAGGAAAUGAAAAUGUUGCGAACUGAGUCAGAUGAUCUUCAUACCUUCCUCUUGGAAAUUAAAGAGACAACAGAGUCACUUCAUGGAGAUAUUAGCAUUCUGAAGACAACUUUGCUGGAGGGAUUUGCAGGGGUAGAAGAGGCUAGAGAGCAGAAUGAGCGGAAUCGUAGCUUGGGCUAUUUACACUUGCUCUAUAAGAAACCCUUGGAUCCCAAGAGUGAAGCACAGCUCCAGGAAAUUCGACGCUUGCACCAGUAUGUGAAGUUUGCUGUCCAGGAUGUGAAUGAUGUUCUGGAUUUGGAGUGGGAUCGGCACCUGGAACAGAAGAGAAAGCAGAAGCGUUUGAUUGUUCCUGAGCGAGAGACCUUGUUUAACACCCUGGCUAAUAACCGGGAAAUAAUCAAUCAGCAGAGGAAGAGACUAAAUCAGUUGGUGAACAGUCUACAGCAGCUCCGAUUGUAUAACCAGACAUCUCAGUGGAGUGUUCCCAGCGAUACAUCUUCUCUCAGCAGUGCUCAAAGUUUCGACAGUGACCUUGAAAGCCUGCGGAAUGCCUUGAUGAAAACUACUUUGGAAUCACACACCAAACCACUGCCUAAAGUACCUGCUAAAUUAUCCCCUGUGAAACAGGCACAGUUGAGGAAUUUUCUAGCCAAGAGGAAGACUCCACCAGUUAGGUCUACAGCUCCAGCAAAUUUGUCCCGAUCUGCCUUUUUGUCCACAAGAUACUACGAAGAGUUGGAUGAAGUCAGUUCAACAUCCUCAGUUUCCCAGUCUCUGGAAAAUGAGGACCCACAGGCGGCAGACCAGGAAGAAGAGGCUGCACCAGUCCAAGUCCCUCGCCAUGCCCCUGUGGUCCGUACUCCGUCUGUCCAGCCUGGUUUGAUGGCUCAGUCUCUGCCCUUUGGGAAACAGCACCCCUCCUUGGGUACUUUGUUGCCUGCAUCUUCAAACAGAAUCAUACCACAAGGGGCAGACAGUACAAUGCUUGCAACAAAGACUGUGAAACAUGGGGCCCCUGCUCCCACUGUCACUGUUCCAGCACCACAAGCAGCUGCUGCAGCAGCUCUGCGGAGGCAGAUGGCUAGCCAGGCCCCAGCUGUAAGCACCUCCUUGACUGAAUCAACUCUGAAAAACGUUCCUCAGGUGGUAAAUGUGCGAGAACUGAAGACUGGUGCACUGACUCCAGCCGUCUCUGCAGUAAUAGGAUCAUCAGUUCCUCACUCUGCAGCCCAGGCAGUCCACCAGGUUUUGGCAACUGUUGCUACAAAUCAAGCUAAACAGACACCUCUAGCAAGCUCACUGAAGGGACAAACUCUACCUUCCUCUGUGUCUGCACCUUGUCCUAUGGCAUCUACACCUGGUCCAACGUCAUCUGGCAACAAAAUCUCAGGACAAGGGACAGUAAAAACAGUUACAGCUGGGACUUCUACAGUGACAUCAGUACCAGCAACAACUGCGCAGCUCAACAAGGCAUUCUCGUUUUCUUCUGUGGGGUCUGGGUUUAAUUUUGGUGUUGUCACAUCAGCUUCUUCAUCACCGACGCUGCCCAGCCUCGCUUCCUCACAAGCCCCUGCUAAGGAGUCCAACCAGCCUGAUUCGUUUUCACUUGCCGGGGGUUCCAAAUUUGGAGCAGUCCCUGAAAGCUCUUUUGCUUUUGGGUCCCUCAAGCCAGCAAGUGCUUCAGGAGCCGUGGCAGCAAGUAGCUCUUCAGCAGAUGGCACUCAGUCAAACAAACCUGCUGCAACAAUGUCUUCUGCUCCCUCUGCAGCCUCUGGCAAGUUGGAUCUCUCUCCACCUAAGCCAGGGGAUCACUUGUUUCAGAGCAAUCUGUCUGGGGAAACUCUUGGGAGCUUCUCAGGACUACGUGUUGGUCAGGCAGAUGAUAACGUCAAGACCACCGCGAAAGCACCGUCCAUCAGCGUUGCAGGAACACAGUCAACUAAAGCAUCAACAAUACCUUCUGGGUUUACCUUCAGUGCCCCCCUGUCAUUAGGAAAAGCUGGAGACGCCACUUCGUUGUCAGUCACGUCAGCUGGCACAGCAACCGCGUCCGUCAGCACUAGUGCUACAGGCAGCCUCUUCGGCAACAUCCAGAUAACCAACACAGGGUCUUCUGGGGUAUUUAACCUUGGAGGCUCUAGUGGAAACAAACCCACCUUUUCAUUUGGUCUUCAGCAAGCAAACAGUGUGAGCACAUCCACCUCUACCCCUUCCACUCUCUCUGCUUCAACGUCCCUCUCAUUUGGAAAUUUCUUGAGUUCGUCGCAGACUGCUGCCCCUGCGGCAGCUUCUAGUAAGGGUGGAGGGGAUGCCAAAUCACUGCCAGCUUCAGAAAAAACAUCUGAAAACGAAGCUGUAGCAGCUGGGUCUUCACCUCCAAUGACACAGUUGCCACAGCCACAGGUACAGCUUUCAGAGUCCAUCAAAGAACCCCCUUUACCCCAGGCAGCAGGUGGGGACACCGGCGCCGUGGACUCUAGUACCGCAUCAGUAGCACCUCCGACUGAUGCUGUUGCUACUCCAGCUUCCACAAGUGAUUUGAAGGCACUGGUGCCUUCUGCUGCAUCUGCAUCCGUCCCACCAGAUCAGAACAUCCCGGCAACAACCGCUGCGACAAACGUUGCCUCUGCUGCAGAACCAACGAGCACGUUGGCUGCUGCUGCUGAUGUCGCUACGUGUGUUCAGAGUCCAGCUGUUGGUGCCUCCGUGUUUGUCCCUACUUCUGCAGGCUCCUCAGUGUUCGCUCAGCCUCCAAAUUCGAGCUCUUCUGGCUCUGCGUUUAGCCAGCCUACUGGUGAUACAACUGCCACUCCUUCCACGCCAUCAGUUUUUGGACAGCUACCAGCAGGUACCACAGCAUCAUCUCCCUUCGGGCAGCUCACCACCAGUACGUUGUCCACUGCCACCGCUACCACGCAGGCUGCCAGCACGGGGUUUGGUACUUCUGCUUUUGGCACCACCACUACUGGGGGCUUUGGUCAGCCGGCCUUUGGGCAAGCACCAACUUUCGGGCAACCAGCAAGCAGUUCUUCAAGUGGUUUUACCUUUAGCCAGUCUGGAUUUGGGACAAUGCCCGCUUUUGGCCAGCCGGCGGCUUCCACAGCAGCCUCGAGCAGUGGCAGUGUGUUUGGAGCACCGGCUAGCACCAACAGCGCGAGCUCCUUUUCCUUCGGACAGCCAUCCCCCAGCACCGGGGGCGGGUUGUUUGGACAAACCAGCCCUCCAGUGUUUGGGCAGAGCAGCACCUUUGGGCAAGGGGGCUCUGUCUUUGGUAACACUGCCGCCGUUACUACUACUACGUCAUCUGCUGGGUUCAGCUUCUGCCAAGCUUCAGGUUUUGGUUCUAGCAACACAGGUUCUGUGUUUGGGCAAGCAGCUAAUACUGGAGGCACUGUCUUUGGCCAGCCAUCUUCUUCCAGUGGAGGCCUGUUUGGAGCUGGAAAUGGUGGGAGAGGUUUCUUCAGUGGUUUGGGAGGAAAGCCAAGUCAGGAUGCAGCCAAUAAGAAUCCUUUCAGUUCCUCCAGUGGAGGAUUUGGAUCUGCAGCUUCCCAGAACUCUUCUAGCUUAUUUGGAAACAGUGGAGCCAAGACCUUUGGAUUUGGCAGCUCAUCUUUUGGAGAGCAGAAGCCUACAGGCACUUUCAGCUCUGGUGGAGGAAGCGUGGCAUCUCAAGGCUUUGGGUUCUCUAGUCCAACCAAAGCAGGUGGCUUCGGUGCUGCUCCAGUGUUUGGCAGCCCUCCCACUUUUGGGGGAUCCCCUGGGUUUGGAGGGGUGCCAGCAUUCGGUUCAGCCCCAACCUUUUCAAGCCCUCUGGGCUCGACGGGAGGCAAAGUGUUCGGCGAGGGUACAGCAGCAGCCAGCGCUGGAGGAUUUGGGUUUGGUGGUACCAGUAAUAAUACAGCAUCGUUUGGCACGCUAGCAAAUCAAAAUACCCCAACGUUUGGAUCGCUGUCACAACAGGGUACUGGUUUCGGCACGCAAAGCAGUGGAUUCUCAGCUUUCGGGACAGGUGGAGGAGGGUUUGGUUUUGGAUCAACUAACACAUCUUCCUCUGGAUUUAGUGGAUGGAGAAGCUAAGAACAUCCUGAACUCUCCUGUAGAACUGUGCUGUAGCUCCUACAUUCAUGAGUCACCUAUGUGAUCAAUAUCCAAACAGCUUUUCUUUUAAAUAUAAAUUCUGACUUUAAAAAAAAAAAAAAAAAAGAUUAUGCUUAUUUUUUAUGCAAAACUUGUUCUCUAUAUUAAACUAUUUUAUCUG